GCAACCCAGUGGCAGUGUGCUACCCAGCAGUAGCACUGCCCCCGUCCACAAGUUAACCCGUUUCCUCGGGAGCGCAGCUCACCACAGAAAUGGAAAGCGGAUACUUCGCUUCAACUUGGCCGCUUUUGUCGACUCAGCGGCUACAAUAUCUCGCCGCCCGCCGCGUGCGCCACCACGCGUCCCUCCACCUGUCACCCCCUCCCCCGUCGACAUCCGGCCUACAUAGAGAGUGAGAGAGAGAGAGCGAGCGCAAUACACAUCUCGCAGUCGCAGUCCGCUCCCCACGCCCUGCCCCCUUCAUUCCCCGACCAGCAACAAGCAAGCGAGCAUCGUCUCUUCUCUCUCUCCCUCCGUCGCGACGAUGAGCGGCGGCAUGGACUCGUCGUCCUCGGGCUCCGGGAGCUCUGGUGGUGCGGGGGUGGCGCCGUUCGUGGCCAAGACGUACGGGAUGGUGGACGACCGGGCCACCGACGCCGUGGUCGCGUGGGGGCCCGCCGGCAACAGCUUCGUCGUCGCCGACCCCUUCGCCUUCUCGCAGGCGCUCCUCCCGGCGCACUUCAAGCACGCCAACUUCUCCAGCUUCGUCCGGCAGCUCAACACCUACGGCUUCCGCAAGGUGGACCCGGACCGGUGGGAGUUCGCGCACGCCUCCUUCCUCCGCGGCCAGACGCACCUCCUCCCCCGCAUCGUCCGCCGCCAGAGCAGCGCCAAGCGCGGCGGCAAGGAGGGCGGCGAGGAGGAGGAUGAGGAGAGCAGCAGCACGGUGUUGGCCAUGGAGGUGGUCCGGCUGAGGCAGGAGCAGAGGGCCACGGAGGAGCGCGUGGCGGAGAUGUGGCGCCGGGUGCAGGAGACGGAGCGCCGGCCCAAGCAGAUGCUCGCCUUCCUCCUCAAGGUGGUGGGCGACCCCGACGUGCUGCGCCGCCUCGCGGGCAGCUCGGGGGGCGGCCAGGACGAGGGCGCGGAGGAGGUCAAGAGGCCGCGGCUGCUGCUCGACGCGGACGGCGCGGGGGUCGACGCAGGGGGGCUGUUGUACCACCACCACCACAGCGGCAACCUGAACCUGGAGGAGGCCCUGGUGCCGGAGCCCAGCGUGGACAUGUACUACGCCGGAGGGGACGGGUUCGGCGGCCCGCCGUACGGUUUUCACAUGGACAGCGGCUACUGACCGGCUGCUGGUUGGGCGGCCGAUCAACCCCCUCCCCACUGUCCCCGACUGCUCUGCUCUGUACUGUAUGUAUGUAGAGAAAGGAGGCUAGAUAGGGGUUAGGCUCUGACUUGUGGCUGUAGAGGAGAUCGAAUCUCAAUCUGCGAGACAUAUUUUUGUUUACUGUGUGUAUUUUAGCUCAGCAA